GAAAAAAAGUUAAAGAUACCGACUUUUAACUGAAACAGAAUGAGGGUAUUUACAAGCAAGCAAGGCUUUUGUAUAAGUCAGUAAAGUUGUAUUGAAAUGAAAGCUAGCUUGAUCCCUCAGCUACCACGCCAGCAACAUUUGUUUUAUGGCUAUUAUUUCUGGUUCUGGAGCAGAAUCUACAUCUAAAAGUUUCAACUUUUUUGUUUUUGCUUAGGAAAAUUGCUUAAGAGCUGACUUGGUUUGGUACUAAAAAAAUCAAAUUUUGAUGCUUUUUUUGUUGUCCCAUUUUUUAAUAUAAGAUGAUUAUCAAUCUCUCUCUUUCUAGAAAUUAGGUGCUUUUGUUUUUUUUAAUGUUAGAUUAUGUGUUUAGAACUUUAGAUUAUUGAGUUCAACAGUUCAUACCUGGUCAUCAAUACGCGUUUUGUACACAUAUUGAUAUCUUCUUUUCUUCUUUUUCUUCUUCUUCUUCUUCUGUGCAUGGUUGCUUGGAGUAGCAGUUAGAUCUGCAUCUGGUUUUGUGCUGAGACAUUCUUCCUGAUCAACUUGUGGUGAAGUCUGUGUUUCUUUGACAAUUAGUGUGGAAAAAAGUGCUUCUGUAGUGUUUCAGUGUUUUACUUUUGGACUUUGGAGAUCUAGUGUGCUUGUUAGAAAAUUGAAGUUUUGAAUUUGAGUAAUUGGGUCUGAGAGGAGGGUUCUUUGGUGGGGGCUAGAAAUGGCUUCCAGUGAAGGGAGGCGGCAUCACCACCAUGAUCUUGUGCCUCUUGCUUCGUUGCUCAAGAGAGAGAUGAAGAGUGAAAAGAUGGAGAAGCCCACUCUGAGGUUUGGUCAUGCUGCUCAGUCUAAGAAAGGGGAAGAUUACUUUUUGAUUAAGACUGAUUGUCAAAGAGUGCCUGGGAACUCUUCAUCAUCCUUCUCCGUAUUCGCGAUCUUUGAUGGACACAAUGGAAAUGCUGCUGCCAUUUAUACCAGGGAGCAAUUGUUAAAUCAUGUUUUGGGUGCUCUUCCUCGAGGGCUUGGGCGAGAUGAGUGGUUGCAAGCUUUACCUAGGGCGUUGGUUGCUGGUUUUGUUAAGACUGAUAAGGAAUUUCAGAGCAGAGGUGAAACUUCUGGAACCACAGCAACAUUUGUGAUAGUGGAUAGAUGGACUGUGACAGUUGCAUCUGUUGGAGAUUCCCGCUGUAUACUAGACACUCAGGGUGGUGCUGUAACCACCUUAACUGUGGAUCACAGACUAGAAGAGAAUAUUGAAGAGAGGGAACGUGUUACUGCAAGUGGAGGUGAAGUUGGGAGGCUUAGCAUUGUUGGUGGUGCUGAGAUUGGUCCCCUUCGAUGCUGGCCAGGGGGUCUGUGCCUUUCUAGGUCAAUAGGAGACAUGGAUGUUGGGGAAUUUAUAGUUCCAGUCCCAUAUGUCAAACAAGUGAAGCUAUCAAAUGCUGGUGGGAGGCUCGUAAUUGCUUCUGAUGGCAUAUGGGACGCUUUAUCGUCAGAAAUGGCUGCAAAAUCUUGCCGUGGUUUGCCAGCAGAACUUGCUGCUAUGCAGGUUGUCAAGGAAGCACUAAGAUCAAGAGGGUUAAAGGAUGAUACAACAUGCAUAGUAGUUGACAUAAUCCCACCUGAUAAUGAAUUGCCACCAACACCUUCCCCCAAAAAGCGGAACAAGCUGAGAGAUUUUUUCUUCAGGAAAAGGUCCCGUGAUUCUGCUAGUAAGCUGUCAAAGAAGCUUUCAGCUAUAAAUAUAGUGGAGGAACUGUUCGAAGAAGGAUCAGCAAUGCUUGCUGAAAGAUUAGGAAGUGAUGAGAACUCAGGGCAAUCAACAACAUCUGGCCUUUUUGUCUGUGCUGUGUGCCAAGUUGAUCUUGCUCCAAGCGAGGGCAUCUCCGUCCAUGCAGGUGGCAUUUUUUCCACCAGCUCAAAGCCCUGGCAAGGUCCUUUUCUAUGUUCUGAUUGUCGCAAUAAGAAGGAUGCUAUGGAAGGAAAACGUCCUAGUGGGGUUAAAGUGUCAUAGGUCAAAAAUUGGAGACCUUUUAUUCUUUAUGGUACCUUCCACUUUUUGCAAUCAUAAAAUUUUUAUAGGCCAAAGUAAUUGAUUGAAUCUCACUGUCAAGUAGCAACAGAUGUAUGAUAUCCAUGAAUUCAUCUAAAAGGGGCAUUGCAUUUAUGAGUAGCAAAGGCUGGGACCUGGAAAGAGUGUCUGGACUGAAAUUUUUGGCGUCUGCAGAUUGUUCAUCUCUGAUUGAUUAUUAGAGUUGGAUGGUUAAGAUCAGUGCCAGGAAGAUUCUUUUGUACAGUAGUUGUGUUGUUUAAUGUGCCCCAAAAGUGAGUGUCAUCUUGAUUAAGUAUGCAGCAGUGUAGAGCUGACUAUCUUGACCCCAAGUUCCUGUAUAUAAAUUUCCGUAAGCUUUGCAACCCUUUGGGAAUAGAAACUUCUAAUCUUUACUUAUGAUUAAGGCCCCAUUUAGAUGAGCUUAUUUUAUAGUAUAAACGCUUAUGUAUAUGUUCGAGAGAACUUAUGUAAAUAACUUAUGACAUACUUAUAAGUUGUUUUGAGCUUUUUUUCA